AUGGAGACUUCUUCGGCGAUCUCGAUUCAUACGUGUUUGAAAGAGCAUCAGAAGAUCUACAAGGAAUGGUUCAACAUCGCCGAUUCAGAUGGAGAUGGUCGUGUUUCUGGGAACGAUGCUACAAAGUUCUUCGCGAUGUCAAAACUUUCUCGCCAGGAUCUCAAACAGGUUUGGGCGAUUGCGGAUUCGAAGCGUCAAGGAUUUCUCGGUUUGGCCGAAUUCAUCACUGCGAUGAAGCUCGUCUCAUUGGCACAAGAGGGACAUGAAAUCAAUUCAGAGCUUCUGAAAGGUGCAAUUGACAUGAGGAAUGUGGAACUUCCAGUGUUGGAAGGACUGGAAAACGUGGUAUCUAAGCAGAAGUCAUCAAAACAAAACGUAGAUGUUGAAGACAAUGUAGUUACCCAGCCACAAGUCACGGCAAAAACUCCUUGGUUCAAAUCAAAAUCUAUUAUAAAGCCACAGGUAAAUGUGGUGACAAUUGUUGAUGGCUUGAAAAAAUUGUACAAUGAAAAGCUAAAGCCUUUGGAAGUCGCUUAUCGUUUCAACGAUUUUGCAUCUCCAGUAUUGACUAAUAGUGAUUUUGAUGCCAAACCCAUGGUAAUGCUUUUGGGUCAAUAUUCGACGGGGAAAACAACGUUUAUAAAACACUUGCUUGGAUGUGACUAUCCAGGAGCACACAUUGGUCCAGAGCCAACAACAGAUAGGUUUGUGGUUGCAAUGAGCGGGCCAGAUGAGCGGACUGUACCUGGAAAUACCAUGGCUGUUCAAGCUGACAUGCCAUUUAACGGGCUAACAAGUUUCGGAGGUGCUUUCCUAUCAAAGUUUGAGUGUUCUCAGAUGCCUCAUCCGGUCUUGGACCAAAUUACUAUUGUAGAUACUCCUGGAGUUCUUUCAGGAGAGAAACAAAGGAUGCAAAGAAGCUAUGACUUCACUGGUGUUAUCUCAUGGUUUGCAUCUAAAUGUGAUAUGAUCCUCCUUCUCUUUGAUCCCCACAAGCUUGACAUCAGCGAUGAAUUCAAACGCGUUAUAACAUCUCUACGUGGUAAUGAAGACAAGAUACGUGUUGUCUUAAACAAAGCUGACCAAGUUGAUACUCAACAGCUAAUGAGAGUUUAUGGAGCAUUGAUGUGGUCGCUUGGUAAAGUUCUGAACACACCAGAGGUUGUACGUGUGUACAUCGGGUCUUUCAAUGACAAACCCAUAAACGAAGCUGCAGUUGGACCAAUAGGUAAAGAACUCUUUGAGAAAGAACAAUCCGAUCUUCUUGCAGACUUAAUGGACAUACCCAAGAAAGCAUGUGACAGAAAGAUUAAUGAGUUUGUGAAGCGAGCUCGAGCUGCAAAGAUUAAUGCGUAUAUAAUGAGCCACCUUAAGAAGGAAAUGCCAGCAGUGAUGGGAAAAUCCAAAGCGCAACAACGUCUCAUGGACAAUCUCCAAGAAGAAUUCGGAAAGGUGCAACGAGAGUAUCAUCUACCAGCUGGAGAUUUCCCAAGUGUGGAGCAUUUUAAAGAAGUAUUAGGAGGCUAUAGCAUUGACAAAUUCGAGAAACUGAAGCCUAAGAUGAUUCAAGCAGUGGACGACAUGUUGGGGUACGAUAUUCCAGAUCUCUUGAAAAAAUUCAGAAAUCCCUACGAAUAA